AUGGCGCAACUACCUAGUAAUGGUGCCCCAACGUCCGCACCCAAACCUCCUGAUUUGCGAACUCGACCGUUUCGCACCAUACCGCCCCAUCCGCCUCGUCGUUCCAACUCGCCGCCUAGGAAUACCUCCAACAACAACGAUCGGAUAUUUGUUGUGAACAUGUUGGAAAAAUCUACUACCGUCGUGUUCAACGAGCGUAUCCCGCGACCUGCAGCACGAGGGUACCGUUCAAGGCCUCCGGGCCCUUUCAUGAACGCUGUUCAACAGCAGGCGCCGACAGCUCAUACGUAUAGUCAGAUGAUUCACCUUAGGACCCAUUUGAUGGCAAUCCAUACCUAUGUUCGACGGCCAUGGCUUCUGAACUGCCCAGCGGAGUUGAUAGAUCUUGUCGCCAAGUUCCUUUCCCGGAAUGACUUCUUGUCGUUCAGGACUGCCUGCAAAGAUGUUCAUCAGAAGACCCUUUACCAUCUCAACAACAGUCACCUGCUAGAAAAGAAGGUAGCCAUGACGACCAAUUCUCGAGCAGGGCUAGCAUCCCUAAUCGAACUGGCCCAUUAUCCGGAUUUUGCCUCUCGAAUUCGUAAAGUAACCAUCCAUAUAGAAACUUCGACGUUCGUCUGGGGUACCGCACUUGCGCCCCUUUGCGACCUCUAUGGUGACCGGAAACAUGGAUACUGGACGCAGCAUUUCAACCACCCACGCCUGGAACUGGAACAACGAUCUGUCGACCUGACUUUGCUUCUCAUCUGCCUUCGUCUUCUACCUGCCCUGGAUACUUUUGAGAUUACUGAUCUCCCUUAUGACUGGACCCUGAAGGCCUCCUCAAAAGACGAUUCUUCAGCACCGAAGGAGAGUAGAUCAAUUACGGCCCCCCAUUUCGGAAGAGUUGUUCCCGUCCUAACGGCGAACUUUUGCACUAUGUGCAGCCGCGCUAUACCGGAUCCCGCUGGCGAGCAGUGCCACCAUUUCACUAUGAUGCUCGGUGCACUGGCAUCGCUUGCAUGUAGCCAGGCUGAAUUCUACUGGACCACGGGUCACUAUGGCCUGCCCUUGUCGUCUGCCGAGUCUCUCAUUCGAGGUCUUCAGGGCCAAACCUUCCCUUUUCCUGUCCGCGCCCACAUCUCUGGACUCCGAGUGACGCCGUUUGUAAACACCUUCUGCUCGUAUAGGCUUAACUCCCUAACUCUCCAAACUCUCGCUAUGACGGGAACGGACCUGGAGAACUUGCUAGACCGUUAUACUCCUUCACUGCAACGCCAUCGAUUGAAGGAUUGCAAGGUGCUCGCGGACGUGUGCAUUCACGCACCGACAACAACGGUCGGCGUCGAAACCUUGGCCGCGGUCGUAUUUGGUGACGAAAUCUCUGAAUCUGAGCUGAAGGCUUAUCAUGAUAGGGAUAUUCAUGGUUUCAAACGUUGGGUAGAAGAUGGACGAGCGUCACCAGAGCAGGAGAGGAGUAGGGAUUUGGUGGGGUGGAGGCUUGAAGGUGAGAAUGUCGAGGCGGGGCUGAGGUCCAUGAUGCAGAAUGUGCGGUUGCUCCUUACAUAG